UCCGUUCUGACGUCAGAACAUUAGACGAACCCACGUGGUUAAUAAAAACACCAUGGCGGCUGGAUUCAAAACUGCUGAGCCCUUGGAAUACCACCUGAGGUUUCUGAAAGAGAACUGCCGUUCUGAUGGAAGGGAGCUGGGUGAAUUCAGAACCACGACAUUGAAUAUAGGUUCUAUAUCCACAGCAGACGGCUCAGCCCUGGUGAAGAUUGGAAACACCACAGUCAUGUGUGGCAUCAAAGGGGAACUGGCAAACCCACCAGUGGAUGCACCCAAUAAAGGUUACAUUGUACCCAAUGUAGACCUGCCUCCUCUGUGUUCGUCACGGUUCCGUCCUGGACCACCCGGGGAACAGGCUCAGGCCGCCAGCCAGUUCAUCGCUGAUGUCAUAGAGAGCUCUGCCGUCAUCCAGAAAGAGGACUUAUGCAUUGUGAAAGGAAAGCUGUGUUGGGUCCUGUACUGUGACAUCAUGUGUCUGGACUACGAUGGCAACUUGUUGGACGCCUGUCUCAUCGCCCUGCUGGCUGCUCUCAAGAACGCGCGUCUCCCAGAGGUGACAGUCAACAAAGAGACAGAGGCUCCUGAGGUGAACCUGGAGAAAAGGACGAGUCUGAACAUCCACAAACACCCCGUCGGGGCCUCUUUCAUUGUGUUUGACGACUCUAUAAUGAUUGUCGAUCCCACCGCUGAGGAAGAGAGCCUGUCUACAGCCACAAUCACAGUGGUAACAGACGAGGAAGAGCGACUCUGCGCCCUCCACAAGCCAGGUGGUACAUCAUUAUCAGGGGAGAAGCUUCAGGAUUGUAUCAGCAGAGCCACGACGAGACACAGGGAGGUCCGCAAACUCAUCGACAAAGUCAUACAGAGCGCCAAGACAACGAAAUAAACACACACACACACGUUUAUGUUUCUCUAAAAGUUGUAUUUUCCUGUCAAUAUAUAUUUUCUUUAUCACAAUAAACUGCUGAUAAAGACCAUUUUAAAACA